GGUGUCAUAGCAACCACCAAACUCUGACUUCACCGAGACAUAUGUGCAAACAAAAGUCCGAUUGUGAAAUGUACCACACUAUUAAAUGAUAUCCAUUGAAGACCCAACUUCAUAAUGCCAACUUCAAAAGUCCAGACGUCAAACACUGCUCUUCAGAGCCUCCCUGUCAAAAUGACAGAUGGAUUUAAGAGCAAAGUUGUGGCACCUCGGAACCCAAAAUUGGUGAAACGACUGGACCAAACAACCCGUAUGAUGCCCUCUGUGUUUGCAAAAGAGGUGUCACUUACCACAGAGGAGAGGCUGGCAAACACAUAUGAGAUGCAUCGUCCUCGCAUCCUGGAACUCUUAGACAUGAGUGAGACUACACAUCAGAAGGUCUCCUCUGUGGAUGUGGACCAGCCCAUGUUCCAGCCCUACCCUUCUGAGAUUGUGUUCCAGAACUACACCCCCCCAGAAAGCUAUGAGGUGCCUCUGGUUCUGCGCAACAAUGACAAGAUACCUCGCCUGGUGAAAGUGGUGGAGGAGGACUCACUGUAUUUUAAAGUGGUCAGCCCAAUGGAUGUGUGCAUCAAAGUGGCUCCAGGCAUGGCUUCCACAUUCACUGUCCUCUUUACGCCUCAGGAGAAUAAGGACUACAUCCACAGAGUGAUAUGCGUGACGGAGAGGGAGAAGUUUGAGGUGCCCAUUCGAGCGAUCGGGGCUCGCGCCAUCCUGGACCUCCCAGACCGGCUGCACUUUCCCAUCAGCCCAGUGAAGUGCACUGCCCAGAAAACACUACUGGUGCGCAACAUUGGGAACUGUGAGGCCAAGUUCCAGCUCAGCACAUGCAGCCCGUUUAGUGUGGCCCCUCCUCAGGGGACUCUUGGUAUUGGAGAGAGCACGCAGAUUACUGUGGACUUCCUGCCCAAAACCACUGGAGACCAUACUCAAGAGCUGUCCCUGCACUACCACACAGGGGAGGAUGUUUACAUCAGCCUUUAUGGAGCGGCAACAGAUGUGAACUUGAGGCUGGAACGCAACUCUGUCCUCCUGGAGAAGACCUACAUCUCCAUGGCCAACCAGCGCUCGGUCGCCAUAGUGAACAGGAGCGACACGAUUGUGCACUAUCAAUGGAAGAGCUGUGCCACUGAGGAGGAGGAGAAGCACCAGAAGCAGAGGUUCUGUGUGGACCUCCAGCAGGAGGAGGAUGACGAGAUGGAGCAGUUCCUGACGGAGUGUGGGGCUGACCCCACCGCACGCCACCAACUCUCCCUGCUGUCUCGUACCUUCCAGGAGCGGCGGCGGCAGCUGUGCGACGAGAGCCUGGCCUUCUCGCCCCAACACAUCAUCAUAGAGCCUCUGGAGGGGGACGUGUGGCCCAACAGCACUGCGGAGGUCAACAUCGUUUUCAAACCCCAGGAAGCCAAACUCUAUCAGCAGACUGUGUACUGUGACAUAACAGGCCGCGAGUCUCGCCUGCCUCUCCGCAUUAAGGGAGAGGGCAUAGGACCCAAACUGCAGGUCAACUUUGACCUUCUAGACAUGGGCAAUAUCUUCAUCGGCUCCAAGCAUAGCUAUGAGGUCCUUCUGACCAAUAAAGGACUCAUAGCUGCCUUGUACCAGAUUUUGGAGGCCAGCUCUGCCCAGGGCCUAUGCUUCUCUUUCAGCCCCAGUACAGGGAGGGUCUCCCCUGGGGACUGCCACGCCCUGGAGGUCACCUUCACCUCCAGCACCCUGGGAGUUUUCUCUGAGGACUUUCACUUUGUCAUUGAGGGGAACCCUCUGCCUCUCAUCCUGACGUUCAGGGGCUGUGUAAUGGGGCCCACGUUCCACUUCAGCAUCCCGAGGCUCAACUUUGGGGAGGUGUCCUUCGGGUUUCCACACACAUUAGCCUGCUGCCUGACCAACACCUCGUUGGUGCCCAUGACCUUCCACCUCCGGGUUCCAGGGGAUGGCGCCGGACCGCCCAGCAUCACCAGUGCCCUCCAGGUGUCACAGCUGAACAGAACCGACUGGCUCACGGGUGACCCUUCAGGAGAAUGGCCCACUGAGUUCUCCAUUGUCCCGAGCUCUGGGACAGUACGUGCCCAAGGGCAAGUGGACCUACAGGUCACCCUGUGCUCUAACACAGUGCGCAGCUACAACCUGGCUCUGGUGGUGGAUGUCCAGGGCGUCAGUGAGGAUGUGCUGGCCCUCCCGAUCUGUGCCAGGUGCUCUGUUCCUGAAGUGAUUCUGGAGACCCCUGUACUGAGGCUGGAGAAGUGCUUCCUGGAUUAUGCCUAUGAGCAACCAGUGAAGCUGAUCAACAACAGCGACCUGCCUGCCUGCUAUGGCCUUCUGUCUCAGGAGUACGAGGAACAUCCCUCUGUGUUGUACUCCAGUCCCCACCCGAGGGGAGUCAUCCAGCCCCACGCCUCUGCAGAGAUCCCACUGGUGGUGCAGGCUAAGGCCGUGGGCCCACUGGAGUUCUCCAUUCAUAUUGCUGUGCUAGGUAGUCAGCAUCCACCUCUGGCCAUGCUGCUAUCCUGCCUCGCCGAGGGCCCGGUCAUCCAUGUCCCAUCUGCAGAGGUGGACUUUGGCAACAUCCCUGUGCUGACGGACGUCCGUAGGCCACUGCAGCUGUCGAACCAGUCCCCCAUCCCGGCUCGAUUCCUUGCACAGAUGGCACGGAAGAAAUCCCUAUGGCGUGUGGAGCCCAGUGAGGGGGUUGUUCCCCCACUGGGAGAGCUGGAGAUCCGGCUGGUGGCUCACCUGGAUGACUCCGUACCCUUCCAGGACAAGCUGCUUCUGUCCAUCCAGGACUCAAACACCCAAACCAUCCCGGUGUGUGCCAGAGGCAAGGGCACCACCAUCGUCACAGACCGGCCCUUCGCACCCAGCUUGGACCUGGGAGACCACUUCAGCUCAGGGCCAUGCCAGUACCACUUCCGGGUUACCAACCGUGGUCGUCGCUACCAUCAGCUGUUCUGGUGCACCGACGGCCAGACCCCGUUCCGGUGCAGGGUCACCAUUCCCAAAUGCUCGCCCAAGGAUAUGAAAGCUCGUUACACCCUGACACCUGAAGCCAGCAAGCCCCCAGUCUUCAGCUUGUCUCCCAUGCGCCUGGAGCUUUCCCCUGGGCAGUCGGCUGAUAUGGUGCUGGAGGGAUCCUCUGAUAUACCCAAGGUGGUCCAGGAGAGGCUGGUGUGCUAUGGCAUAGUCGGCCAACAGAGCGGGAAGGAGCGCAUCAUGGCGGUGGACGUCAGCUGCCGUUUCAUCGCCCCUGUCCUGUCCAUCUCCUCCCAGCAGCUCCACUUCUACGUGGAGAAGACUCCUGAUGUUUCUCUAGUCCCCCUUUACCAGAAGCUGGUUUUAAAGAGUGUGUCGACUCUGGUCCUGUCCUGUGAGCUGACCAUCAGCAAGCCCUUCAGCUUGUGUGAAAACUCUGAUGAUAGCGCAUUCGUCAUGCAGAAGAGUCUGGUUUUGGGAGUGGGGGCAUGGACGGAACUGUGGGUACGCUUCGACCCGCUCCACCGGCGUGACCAGGCAACACGCGUGGCCGAAGACGUCCUGGAAAUCCGCUACCAGGGCCACCCACAGAGGGACCUGGUGGCGCUGAAGGGCGAGGUCCACUUCCCCAACCUGCACUUCUCCAGCAGCACGCUGGACUUUGGCUGUGUGCUAAACCACACCGAGGCUCAGCAGCAAAUCACCAUGACCAACUGCAGCCCGCUGCCCGUCUCCUACCGCUGGACCUUCCUGCUGGACCACAAGCACCACUGCAUCAGGUUUGCUGAGGGAGCGAGCCAGACUCAGACAGAUCCCGUUGGAGGUGAGGAAACCCAGUACCAUUGGGGGCUGUCCCACAAGCGACACACCAACAGCAGGAUGGACUCAAACAGGAAAUCUCAGGACACUCAGAAACUGCACUUAGAGGUUGAGGGGGACGAGGAGAAGAGAGAUCCUGAGAAUGACACGAAGGAAGGGCGGGGCUCCCCCAAAGAGUCUGUCCCAGCCCUCCUCAUUCCCAUCAACACUCCGCAUGGGGGGACUCCCACCAACACUGGCAGCUUCACCCCCAGAAAACUGGUGCAGUCGGGGGUUCACUCUCCCCAGUGGCCCCCCAAAGGAGACCUUACAACCAGUCAGACCCCCAGGAUUCACCCCAAUAUUGGGGUGGAGGAGGUGUUUGACAUCUUGCCAAUCUAUGGGAUGCUCCAGCCGGGGGGUAGCCAGCCGGUGACGUUCUCCUUCUUUGGUCAUGCCAAUAUCAGCAGUCAGGUGCUGGCCUUGUGUGAGGUAGAGGGGGGUCCCGUCUAUGAGAUCACACUCAAGGGUGAAGCCUCGCUGGUCACCUACUCACUCGACACCACUGACUUCUGUCUAGGCCAUCAGCUGUUUGACCGCGUGGCUGAGGAAGAGAUCGUGCUGAGGAACACUGGCCGCGUGGGCUUUGACUUUAGCACACUGCCUCAGGACCUGGACGGAGAUCCUGACAACCCUCCACCCGGUCAGCCGCUGGUCAUCCCAAGCUCGGGCCACAUAGAGGCAAACACGGAGCAGAGAAUCUCAGUGUAUUACCUGCCCGGCGUCCCAGAGGCUUUCUACAAGACAUUCCAGCUGCAGGUGGCUUUCUUCGAGCCGGAGACCAUCAGCAUCCGCGGGGAGGGCAUCUUCCCCCGAGUGUGCCUGGACCUGCCCAGAGACCUGGAUGAGCUGAAGUAUGGGCCUCUGCUGAAGGCAGCCAGGGAGAACGUGGAGAAGGAGAAGCCCAGGGAGGAGCUCCUCAGUCGGCCUCCCACUGUGGACGGAGCACCUCUUGAGGAGGACUACUGCCCUACUUAUGAUGCCCUGCUGCAGAUGGAGGUGGAGAGGCUGCUGGUGACAGAGAACGCCGUCUCCAUGGAGACCACAUCCGUGGAAGGGAGCGACACAUCUGGAUCUGCCAGCAGAAAGAGGAAAAAGCUGAGCAAGUUUACACUGCCAGACUACAUACUGGACUUUGGCUAUGUGAUCCAUGGUGAAGUCCCCACCCACAUAGUCAAAGUGACCAACACAGGGCCAUGCCAGGUCUCGUUCCGGGCAGAUCGCCGGCCUCUUGCUGGAACAGGGUUCAGCACAGAGCUGGACAGAGUGAAGCACCUGCCCUACUGCGAGACUGAAACAUUUGAGGUGAAGUUUGAUCCGCGCGGAGCCAACCUGGAAUUGGGCGAGGUUAAUACUAUUAUGCCCAUUCAGGUAGCAGGGAGCCCGCUGGUACAGGUUCACCUGCACGCGGUGGUCACCAUGCCGUCCCUCAGCGUCUCCAAGGAAACGCUGAAGUUCGACAGCAUCCAGUGCGGCAUGUGUCAGCUAAUCACGCUGCAGCUACUCAACCGCGAGGUUGUGCCGUGCGAGUGGAGCCUUGCAGAGGAGGAGCGUCCCAAGAUGAAGAUUGACAAGCAUGUCCCCCUCCACCUGAGGAAAAAAUUAAGGCUUGCGUUUCGUCCCCCGCCUGUGGUGUUUGAGGUGCUGCCAUCUUCAGGUGUGCUGUUUCCAGGAGACAGACUGAACGUUCAGGUCAAGUUCAGCCCAGCAGAAGGGAGGGCGUACAGCCAGCAUCUGGUGCUGACUGUGGCCCAGAGCACCCAGCGCCUCCUGCUGCUGGCCCAGGGCAAGGGCGAGGAGCCCCAGCUGGAGUUCUCCACCUCCGUGCUGAAGAUGGGGCCCGCGCUGCCCCACAGCGCGGGAGAGGAGAGGGAGGUGAUCGUCCGAAACCCCUGUCCGUUCCCCGUGGAGUUCUACUCGCUGGAGUUUGACAAGCAGUACCUGGAGGAAGAGAAGGUGCUACGCACGCUGAAGGGCUAUGAUGCCCAGAACCUCCUGCUGCUGCCCCCUCGUGCCCCGGGGGAGACUCUCCCAGCAGAACUGCUGGAGCACUAUCAGGAGCACUGCUCACAUGAGUCACGUGGAGAACUAAAGACUGGAACCCUCAAAGAUGAGGAGGGCUUGGAGGGGGAGUGGAGAGAGUCAGUGGAGGAGGACCAGGCUGACCUCCUAAACGCAGAGCGCCCCCUGGAGGAUAACAGAGUGGAGGUCAUGGCCGUUGGCUCUAAGGAGAUUCGAAGUAGAGAAGCUUUGAAAGAUGACAGCCAACCCAACAGUGGUGUUGGGGAGCUGGAGACGAACCCUGUGACCAAAGCCAUUGCUCGGCACUUGGGCAUAGACAUGACCCCAGAGGGACAGGACGCAAGGAACCGCAGAGGAAUCACCUUCAUCGUCCAUGGAGCUCCUCUCUCUGGCAAGACAGAAACUGCGGUGACACUGGCCCGGCACUACGGUGCGGCAUGCCUGACUCUGGAUGCGGUGGUGCUGGAGGCCAUGGCAUCAGGGGCCACACCGGCGGCCAUACAGGCCAGAGAGCUGUGUGUCAGAGCCGCCCAGGAGCACUCCCAGAGUAAGGCAGAGGAGAUGGCCCACGCUCCUGCAGAUAUACCGUCUCCCACAGCUCAGGCUCCAGGUGUACUCAGCGUGGACGCUGUUUCCAAACACACGGUAGAAAGCACCGAUCCCAAAGCCCAGGCCUCCUCCAUCUCCACCCGCAACAAAACUACUGUCGCGGGGGGUAAGAAGACUGAGCAAACGGUUACCUCCCCGGUUACCUCCCCAACAGCCUUCUCCCAGUUCCACCUGAGGCUGAGUGUCAGUGUGAGUCAGGUGAGAGAGCUGGACCUUAUGAGCUGCCUGCUGCCUGAGGAGGUGCUGGUGGACAUCCUCAGAGAAAGACUCCAGUUAAGUGACUGUCUCCGGGGAGUGGUGUUUGAUGGACUAGAGACUCUGUACUGUCCCUCACUGAGCUGCACACUGCAGGCCAUCCUCAAGGCCUUGAAUAACCGUCGCUUCAUCUACAUGGUGAACCUCUCCAACAACUACAACGACUUUAAGGCCAAAGAGAAGGCGCAGAGAGAGGAUGAGGAGGCCAAGCAGCGUGAGCAGGAACAGAAGGAGAAGCUGCGGUUUCAGGAGAUGGAUGAAGAGGAGUAUGAUGCCCUGCCAGAGGAAGAAAAAGAGCACUUUGACCGCCAACGCCUGCAGCUGGUACGGGAACGCAAGUGCAGGGAACAGAAGCGGCGGGAGCGACAGCAGGAGGAGAGGAGGAGGAUACAGGAGGAUCUGGAACGACAUAGAGAGGAAGAGGAGAUGAAGAAGCGAGGCAAAAAAGGAAAGAAAGAUCCAGUCCCAUCCAAAGAGGAUGCUGGGAAGAAGAGCCAGCUUGGCUCGAAACAGUCUUCAGGUGCGCUUCGCUCUGAAACAAAGCUGGAUCAUGGCGGCCAAAAAAUGUCUAACCCCCAAGAUGUCAAAGACCAAUCCAAGGACGUGGCCCCAACCCCUGGCGAGGGCAGCAGAGAUGCAGAGGAGAAGAAAAAGAAACCUAAAGAGGCCAAGCCAGGAGGGCAGGAGGACAUCCCACCUCCUAACGAGGAGCAGGAUGGGGAGAUGCUUAGUCAGAGUGACAAGCAGCUCCUGCACCGCUUCCAGGUGUACGAGCAUAUCCAGGUGCAACUCUGCCACGUCCUGCGCUUCUGGGACCGUGCCCAGGGCCUGCUGCUGCGGCCCUACAACGCCGAGGAGGUCCUGGAAGCCGAAGACCACCAGUGCUCCGAGCGCCAGGCCGUCUCUGGGAAGAAAACCAAGAAGGAGAGAGAGAAAGAGAAGGAACGCCACGAGAAGGACCGGCUGAAGGCAGACGGCGAGCUGAAGUUGGUCUCCCCAGACCCCAGCAGGUUGCCGCUGACGGGUGAUGGUGCUGAUAUGGCGGAGAAGGAGGGCGUGGCAGAUGCCGUGCCCCAAAUUGUCAUUCCUGUGUCCAGAAGAGAACACUCAGUCGCGGCAGAGAUCCUCCAGGACGGGAGGCUGCCUUCCCUCGAUGAGGUGCUGGACGGUUUGGGCCUGGGCCCCAAAGGCCCCCCCAUCCCUCCACCCUGCACCUUCUCCGUGGUGCCCUAUCCCAAGAGGAGCUCUGAGGCCAGCCUGCAGCACGUCUCCGACUGCUUCACCUUCCUCGUGCCCCUCUCUCAAGAGGGCGAGGAGAAGAAAGAAGCCGAGCUAGAGACUGAGCUGCAGGCAGCUGUGUUGAAGGAGGAUACAGUGACUCCAUCCAAAGGCAAAUCCAAGAAGGCUGAGCCAAGCAAGGAGAACCCGAAGGACAAGCGUCGCCCUUCCUCCAAAAAAGGGUCAAAGAACUCUGAGUCUCAAUCCCCUCCCCAGAAUGUCAUCCCGCUCUACGAUGCCGAAGAAGGCACCCACCCAGGGGACAGCCAGCAGGACCCAAACAACAGGCUGACCACGUUUCGCUGGAUUGUGCCUCCUCAUGGUGAGGUGACCCUCAAGUUGUGGUUCCACUCUGCAGUGCUGGGCACGUUCGACCAGACACUCAACUUUGAACUGAUGGGCACCAGGACACACUACCAGUUGCAUUGUCAGGGGAUUUGUGCCUACCCAAACAUCAGCAGAGAUCAUAAGGUGGUGUUUGCUCACUGUAAAAAGAUUCCAAGUGUUGAGGGAGAUGUGCAGAAAACCUACAUUGUCAAAGAGGGCCUCUUCAACUUUGGUUCUCUUCUAUGUGGAAAGACAAGGGACAGGUAUAAGGAGAGAAAGUACCCAGAGAAUAUGGAGAGGCUGGUAAUGCACAAUAACUCCCCAAUGGAAGCCGAGGUCCACUUUUGCUUCCAGCAUGACACCAAAGCCACCACCUACCUGCUGGACCCACCCAGCAUGACACUCAAACCCAAAGAGAAGAAGGAGCUGAUGAUCUGGGCCUACCCCAUCACCCCGUGCCAGAUUGAGGACAGUCUGGUGUGUUGUGUCAAGGACAACCCAGAACCUGCAGUGUUCCGACUGUCCUGCCAUGGUCUCAGGCCUGAGCUGGAACUGGACCGCAAGCAGCUGCACUUCGAUAAAGUUCUGCUGCACAGGAAGGAGACCCGUAACUUGCUCCUGCGGAACACCAAGACCCUGCCGGUGGCAUGGCGUCUGAGUGGAAUGGAGGUGCUAGGAGAUGAGUUCAGCGUGUCGCAGGACCAAGGCAUCAUCAUGCCCAACACUGACUUCUGCGUGCAGAUGCACUUCAGGGCUGUGAAGCCUGUAAACCUCAGGAGGUCUAUCCGACUGGAGGUUGCAGAUGCAGACGGUAUCCUGGGCAUUGUCUACACUGAGAAUAUCCAGGUGACUGCUGAGGCCUAUGAUGUGGCUCUGGACAUCACCUUCCCCAAAGGUGCUGAUGGAGGUCUGGAUUUUGGAACAGUAAAAGUAUCAGAGGAAGUGAGGUUAUCUGUUAACUUGAAAAACAAAGGCAAAUAUGACAUCGCCUACAAAUUUGUGUUAGAGCCCACACUUCCUGACAUGCCCAACCUCAACUCAGCCUUCAUCAUCACACCUCAGGCGGCCACCCUUCACCCCACCGACCGCCCCGCUUGCGUCCAGUUUACCUUCUGUUACAACAAGGAAGUACGCAUCCAUGAACAGCCAAUCCUGCGCUGCCAGAUCAUUGAGCCAAACAUUUCAAAUGCUGGGGAGACCAUCGCCAUCAUCCCCAUCAAGGUGUCUUUCCUGUCUGUCUUCUCCAAAUACUUGAUUACACCAUCCAGCGACAUCAACUUUGGACCUCUGGUAUAUGGAAGCCGUAAGACUCGAAGCUUUACCAUUGAGAACAUUGGGGACUUUGAGAUCCGCUUCCAUGUCUCCAGAAUUUGCAAAGACAUCCCAGGGCCUGCACACAAGAAAGGCUUAGGCAAGAGGACGUCGCGGGAGAGCUACUCUGCCAAGCAAAACCCCGGAAAACCCCGACGAAGCGAGUCAAUUCAGAAAGAGAGCACUGCCAUGACCCAGACUCGCUUCACCACAGGAGUGUUCUCCCUGUCCCCCUCCUUUGGGGUGGUGGCCCCGGGAUCCAGUCAGGUCGUGAUUGUGGAGUGUGUGGCAGAGCAGGCAGGCCUGUGGCAGGAGUACCUCGCUGUUGACAUCAGCGACCGAAACCCUCUAGACAACAUUGGAGGCAUCCCAUAUCAUCUGGUGGCCGAAGUCUGUAUGCCAGGCUUUAUCAAGGACAUUGCUUCCAUCUUUGAGGAGCACCACAUCUGUAAGAACAGCAACAUGCUGCAGUGUGAGCAGUUCAGAGAUGCCUCCAGCAUUUAUGUGGAAGGCGAAAAUAAGUUUAUCUUCAACAAUGUGCUGGUCGGCCAGUCAGCCAAGGCCCGCUUCCGCCUCACCAACAGUGGCAAAGUCCCGUGUGAGCUGAGCCUGUCAGCCAAAUCUGUGCAAACCAAGGCGACACGGACCACUGAGGUGUUCGAGCUGCUGCCCACUAAGAUGUGCCUCCCCAGCCAUUCCCACGCCUUCGCCGUCAUCACCUUCACCCCUCCCUCCAUGCUGGCCUACCAGGGCAUCUUCGAAGUCACACUGGAGGGAGCUUCCAGUGCCAUGUCGAUGGGCAAGAACAAGCUGCUGGUGUUGGACCUAGUGGGUGACGGGAACCUGCCCUUUGUGAGCGUGCUGCGGCCCAUGGUCAGGAACAGGCGGGGCCAGCCAGUGCUGCAGUUCAAACGUCAGCUGGUGGGUCGAGGGCAGACCUUACCGCUGGUCAUCAAGAAUGACGGAAAUGUACCUGCGAAGGCCACUAUUGAAUUGCAAGACAAAAUGGGAGUGUUUAAGAUUAAGUCUGCGCCAUGCUACUCAUCCAGAAUCAUCACUCCAGUGACGUCAGAGGAUGAAAGCGGAGAAGAGGGAUCGUUCGGCAAGGUGGUGUCUCUGGUGAUGAGUGUGGGCCAACAGGCAGAACUUGAAGUGGAAUUCAGUCCAAGGAACACUCGGACCUUUGAAGCCACCAUACGUCUGGUGGUGGCCGAUAACCUGUUUGAAGAGACAGAAGUGCAACUUUUAGGAGAGAGUUACCAGGACAUUGUGACCCUGGACAACAUCCUCAGCAAAGGGUUGGAAUCCACCAACAGCAAGUCUGACCACCUGCACUUUGGCCACUGCCAUGUGGCCAAAUCCUACCAGGACACUUUCACCAUGACCAACCUAAGCGGUUCGGACGCGCUGCAUUUCGAGUGGCCGCCAGAUGGCACCCAGGUGUGCUUCUCCCCGCGGGUCGGCCACCUGCACGCCGGCUGCGCCAAAGACAUCGCCGUCACCUUCUGCUCCAAGCAGCCCGUCACGCUCAGUGCCCAGCUCCAGAAGUGUAAGCUGUGUCGCGUCAUCUUCCAGCAGCCUGUGGAUCAGGUGGCAGACUGGGACGACCGUCAGAGGACGGUGAAGUGGGUGGACACCUCCAAACAGGCAGGCGCACAGAAGGAGCCAGCCAGGAAGAAGGUGAUCGAGAUAGACCCAGAGCCUGCCAACACUGUGGUGGAGAACUCAUCUAGAGUGGUGGAGCUGCUCCUUAGUGCUGUGUGCGACUACGCCAAAUUCACCUGUGACUCUGAGCCCAUACACUUCAAGGACACGAUGCUGUACCAGACCAGGGUCUACAAGCUCCAGAUGACAAACACAGGCACUACCAAGCUGGACUUCUCCUGGCAAGUCCUGUAUGGUGGAGAAACAAUCAUCCCAGAUCACAGAGAUGUUUCCACCCGUUCCAGCUGCCAGUCUCGCUGUGGCACGGCCCUGCGGCCCUGCUCCUCUCUGGGGAGCGUGUCUAUCAUGUUGCUGAGGGACCCCGACCUGCCGCCGUUCCGUGUGGAGCCCAGUGUGGGAGCCAUUAGCCCAGGAGACAGCCAGACCUUCUGCGUGAAGUUUUCCCCCAUAGAGGUGGCCCAGUAUGAGGCCCAGCUAGUGUGCAGUGUUCCUAAUCUGAAGGAUGAACAGGGUCCCACCAUACAGAUGAGAGGCCGCAGCCUGCUCCCACACUGCCACUUCCACCUCGGGCAAUCUGACUACAUCACUGGCAACCGCCGCAACCUAGAAUUACGGGGCCCACACGGGGCCCCUCCACGAUGUGCCCUGGACGCCAGCACACAGGUCAUAGAGUUCACAUCCACUGGGGUUGGUGUACCCUGCACCAGGCAGUUCAGCUUAGUCAACCCCACCAAUAAACCUUAUUCUUAUGAGUGGCAAUGUGAGGAUUCAGGGCCCUCACCUUUCAAAUGCUGCACUCCUAACGGCUCCAUCCUACCUGGCAAGAAAGUGGAGGUGAGGUUUGAGUUCCAUUCUGUGGCCCUGGAGCUGGUGGAGUCAUUUUGGACCUUUCAAAUCCCCAAUCUCAACCUCUCUGUGGCCUUCUUACUGGUGGGCACUGCCCGUGAGCCUAUGGUCUACAUCGACCAAGCCCACCUCAACAUGGGCAGCCUGCUCAUAGGCUGUGUGGUUCAGCACACGUUGUGUCUGGUGAACAAUGAGAAGGAGCCCUUCAAGUUUGCUGUCCAGAAGAGCUCCUGCUACUCAGAGAGUUUCGUGGACCAGCUGCAGAUUGAGCCCAUGCAGGGGACAUUGCCACCCAACGACAAGCUGCCUUUUUUGAUGACGUUAAAACCGACCCAGGAGGGUGAGGUGGCAUUCAACCUUGCUGUGAAUGUGCGGGGGAGGGUGCAGCCUGUGAUGUUGAACGUGAAGGCGGACUGCUACCACAUGAGAGCCUCUGUGCAGUGUGAGAACCCUGAGGGCCAGGUCACUGAGAUGGCACCCAACAGCCUUCAUGAGGUGGACUUCAAGCAGGUGGAGUUGCGUGAUAAGACCACUUUUGCAUUUCUGGUGUCCAACCCUGGGCUGUUCAAUCUGGACAUUCAGUAUGAACUGUGGGGUCCAGCCAAGCUGCAGCGCCAACUACAUGUUAAGCCAGAGCAUGAAAAUGUGGCUGCAGGCAAGCAAACACGCUGCACUGUGUCCUUCUACCCCCAGGAGAAGUGUGUACUCAGAGACGUCGGCCUCGCGAUUAAGAUAAAGCAUGGUCCUGUGUACAGCUGUGCCCUUCUGGGUGUGGCUGAGUUCCCAGGUCUGGACUUCUCCUUCCAAAAGCACAACUUUGGGAAGAACUUCAUCUUCUCAGCGGGGAUGACUCCGGCCUCAAAGUCCCUGGUCCUCACUAACAGAGGAGAGCGGCCAAUCAGCGUGGACUGUUCUUUCACAAACACCCCCUUCUUGAAGGUGGGCUUCCAGCCUAGACUCCUCCCUCCUGGUGAUUGCAUGGAUGUACCCAUCACAUUCUAUCCACAAGAGGCCAAACAAUACCACGAAAAACUGGUCUUUGGCAUCAACGACUGCGCCAAAAAAGUGGUUGAGAUCCUGGGCCAAGGCACAGAGAUUAAGCUGGACUUUGAGGACCCCAGGCAGAAGAUGGUGAAUCUGGGUUCACUGCAGGUAGGUCAGCGCAGCCACCAGCUCAUCUCCCUCAUCAACAACAGCGCCCUGGCCAUCACCUUCACCCUGCAGUUCAACUCCACAGUGGACGCGCUGCAUGACGCACAGGUUCUGUCCAUGAUGCCAUCCAGCGAGGUGACUGUGCAAGGCUGUGGUGGGCGCUGCACGGUGGAGCUGCUCUUCACGCCGAAGGAGCGUAUAGCCCCCUUCAGCGAGGAGCUGCGGCUGGAGUGUCUGGGCAUGGUGCGCCCCCUACUGGUGUUCAAGGGCUGCUGCCACGGCGUGGAGGUCAAGCUGGACCAGGACUACCUGACGUUCGGAGCCGUGGUCCAGCGCUGCCACGCCACCAGACGCAUCCUCAUGCAAAACACUGGGGACAUUGGAGUCAGAUUCCAUUGGGAUGUGAAGAGUUUUCUUCCAGACUUCUUCAUCAGUCCCGUGGAGGGCUACAUUUCCACUGGGAUGGAGGUGCCCUUCGAGGUGACCUUUGCUCCCACAGAGCUGUGCCAGGACCGCCGUUAUGAUGGACUGACCUGCGCCAUCGAGGGCAGCACCCCAAUCUCUCUCACCCUCACAGGCUCCUGCAUUGUGCCCUCCACUGCCAAGGAGGUGAUGAACUUCAUCUGCCAGGUGCGCUUCCAGCACACGCUACCGCUGACCCUCACCAACCGCUCCAACCAGCGCUGGAUCCUCAAGCCCGUGAUAGAAAGCCAGCAUUGGACCGGUGCGCCCACCUGUGUCAUCGAGCCCUACCACAACAAGGUCUAUGAGGUCAUCUACAAGCCCGUAGUCAUGACCACAGAUAAGAAGCAUCUGGGUUCGAUCUUCUUCCCCUUUCCGGAUGGAACGGGUUUGCUGUACACGCUGGUUGGCACAGCUGAGCCACCUAAACCUGUGGGCCUCAUCAGCCAUGAGUUGCCCUGCAAGACCACCUACACUGAGGUUCUGCCUGUGCAGAACUGGCUGUCCAAGCCACAGAGGUUUCAUGUUUUGCUGGAGAUUAUUAAACCUGAGCGUCUGGAUAGCACCGUCUCUCUGAAAGGCCUGGAUUAUGUGGAUGUGUCUGGCCUGGCCACCAAGGACUACAAAAUCUCCUUCUUCUCUUAUAAGGAGGGCCUGUUCAAUGCCAAGGUGACGUUCCGCAAUGAAGAGACAGGCGAGUAUCUGUUAUACCUGCUGAACUUCAGGACCACAGCGCCAGGGGUGAUCAGGACCAUUGAGAUGAGCACGCUAGUGCGCCAGUGUACGUCCGCCUCGGUGAGGGUGGAGAACCCACUACCCGCCGUCCUCGUCUUCACCGUGGAGUGCCGCAGCCCUGAUGUCAGCCUGCCCUCCCAAAUCUCUGUGCCAGCCGCGACAUGGGGCACCUUGACUUUUGAGUACCAGCCCCUGAGGCCAGGCGAGUCCAUCACACGACUCGUGCUGCACAACUCUGAGCUAGGCUACUUCCACUAUGACCUGCAGCUCAACGCCUUGCCCCCGCUCCCGGAGAAGCCCCUCUACUUCCGUGCGCCCCUGGGCAGUGGCCUCUAUGUGCCCCUCAAGUUCAUGAACUUCUCCCGGGUCAAAGCGGAGUUCACCUGCAAGACGGACUGUCCCGACUUUGUGGUUGAGAAGCAAUUCUCCGCAGGGCCAGGCUUCCAGGCGGGCAUCGAAAUCACCACGGAGAUCUACUUCGAGCCAUGCCAGCUAGGCGAGGUUCGCGGCCUCCUCCACCUCACCUCGUCCUUCGGCGGCGACUACACCUUCCCCCUGUAUGGCACCUGCACCCCGCCCAAGGCACAGGGCCCCUUUAACAUCCGUGCCGGCUCCAACGUCUCCAUCCCCUUCAAGAACGUCUUCCUACAGACCACAGGCUACUCCUUCCAGGUAGACAAUCCGGCCUUCACCGCCAAGGGCGUGGAGACUGUCCGGCCCAAGAAGACCCACAGCAUCCUGGUGGCGUUCGACGGCCCCCCGCCAGGGCACCGGAGCCCCUGCAGUGGGAAGCUGACCAUCUCCAGCCCCCGAAUGGAAGGCCAGGGCCAGCCCAUCUCCUGGGUAUACUACCUGAAGGGCUACACCCCCGAUUAGGCUCAGAGUGCCAGGUCCUCCACCACCUCACCUCACCUAGCCAAACACCCACAGGCCAAUAUCACGCAACUUUAGAGGGACUUUACUGGGAGCUCUUUCAUCGUUUGGUAUAAUUGAAAUAAAAAUAAUUUGGAUAUGCAGUAGUACCCCAUGUGCAUUUUGUAUACAGGAUUACAGGAUUAUUACUAUAAUUACAUUAUAACUGAUUGUUAAGUUGAAAUCAGAUACGAUCAAUACUACAUCUGCCAAGAAAGGAUUGUCUACAUGUUUUUACAAUAUUACAUUGCUGUAAUUCUACUGAAUAAAUUCACUUGGCGUACACAUC